CCUUUAUUUAUCAUCCCAAUUUCCCACAAACCCCCCCGCGCGCGCGCGCGGCGGUAGGGGGUAAAAAACAAAGAGAGGGAAGGAUGGCGUCGGAGCCGGUGGCGCGGGCGGUGGCGGAGGAGGUGGCGCGCUGGGGCGCGAUGCGCCAGACCGGGGUCAGCCUGCGCUACAUGAUGGAGUUCGGGGCGCGCCCCACGGAGCGGACCCUCCUCCUCGCCGCGCAGUUCCUGCACAAGGAGCUCCCCAUCCGCAUCGCGCGGCGGGCGCUCGACCUCGACUCGCUCCCCUUCGGCCUCUCCACCAAGCCCGCCAUCCUCAAGGUGAGAGAUUGGUAUGUGGAGUCAUUUCGUGACAUCCGGUCCUUCCCAGAGGUGAGGAACCGGGAAGAUGAGCUCGCCUUCACCCAGAUGAUCAAAAUGAUCAGGGUGCGGCACACCAAUGUGGUGCCCGCAAUUGCAUUGGGUGUGCAGCAGAUGAAGAAGGACUUGGGAGGUCCAAAGGCGUUCCCCCCUGGAAUCCAGGAGAUCCAUCAGUUCCUUGAUCGCUUCUACAUGUCAAGGAUUGGGAUCCGGAUGCUGAUAGGGCAGCACGUCGCUUUGCAUGACCCUGAUCCAGAGCCUGGUGUGAUAGGGCUUAUAAACACAAAAAUGUCACCUAUGACAGUAGCUCGAAUUGCUAGUGAAGAUGCACGUGCUAUUUGCAUGCGGGAGUAUGGAUCAUCUCCUGAUGUUGACAUAUAUGGUGAUCCGGGUUUUACAUUUCCAUAUGUUACACCACAUCUACAUCUCAUGAUUUUCGAGUUGGUGAAGAACUCCCUUCGCGCGGUACAGGAACGGUAUAUGGAUUCUGAUAAGCUUGCACCUCCAGUUCGAAUCAUAGUUGCUGAUGGAGCAGAGGACGUGACUAUUAAGAUUAGUGAUGAAGGUGGUGGUAUACCAAGGAGUGGCCUCUCAAGAAUUUUCACGUAUCUCUAUAGUACAGCAGAAAACCCUCCUGAUCUGGAUGGACAUAAUGAAGGAGUAACUAUGGCUGGAUAUGGUUAUGGGAUCCCUAUUAGUCGUCUUUAUGCUCGAUAUUUCGGUGGGGACUUGCAGAUCAUCUCUAUGGAAGGAUAUGGAACUGAUGCUUACCUCCACUUAUCACGGCUGGGAGAUUCAGAGGAACCCUUGCCUUAACCGAUUCAGAAGAAGCCAUUCGAUUCAGAAGCAGCCAUUCCUGUAAUUAGGACUCUAUUGCUUUCUCAAUUACUGUGCUGGUAUUAUGCAAAUAUAGUUCUGAUGACCAGCCACCUAUAGUUUCAGCUGUUGGUGUCCUACUUGUUGUCUUUGUUGUUCAUUCAUCAUCUUGAUGGAAUGUGAUUAUGAUUCAGAAUCGUUUUGCUUCUAGUUUGUACUGUCAUUAUAAUUGUUCGACCUCCAAAAAUAGUUGCCGUC